AUGCGUUGUAGACGAAGUGAUGAAAUGGUAAUCAAGGAUAGUUCGCUGUCACCGCAAGAGUUGGAUGAAGCAGAGAAUUAUUGGAUUCUCAAAGCACAGCAGUCUUUGCACGAACAAGUUCACGGCGGGGUAGCGGUCACGGCCGGCAAGGUGCGAAAAAGGUAUUGGAUCAUCGGAGUUGCUAAGUUGGCCAAAACUAUCAAGUUUCGGUGUGUGAAGUGUAGAAGAAUGGGUCGUCAGACUGAGAACCAGUUAAUGGCUGAUUUGCCAGCUGAGCGUUUAGCACCGUUCACACCACCAUUUCUUUACACAGCUUGUGAUUACUUUGGGCCAUACUCAGUUAAAGUUGGUCGCAACAAGGUAGCGAAGCAUUAUGGCGUCAUAUUUACUUGUUUAAAUACUAGAGCGGUACACCUGGAGGUUGCAGUUGAUUGUUCUUCAAUGGAAUUUCUUCAAGUGCUAUGCCGAUUCUUUGCGAUCAGAGGGCAACCGCUUAUCAUUUUAAGUGACAAUGGCACCCAAUUUGUGGGUGCAGAGAAGGAACUGAAAAAAAUGGUCAAGGGGUGGAACUCAAAGGAUUUUGUGCGGAACGACGGGUGCAGUGGAAAUUCACCACACCAUUGGUGCCUCACCAGAAUGGGUGCGCAGAGGCAAAAUUGCAAAAUUGCAUUAAAAAAGGCUAUAGGAGAGCAGACUUUGACACCAUUCGAGUUGCAGACUUGCUUCAUGGAAGUGAGUAAUCUGGUGAACCAACGACCGAUAGGAAGGAUACCUAACGAUCCUGACGAUGGGAGUUUUCUGUGCCCAAAUGACAUUUUACUGGGUCGAGCUUCGAGCAGAACGCCGCAUGGACCCUUCCGACAGACAAAAAAUCCAAGACACAGUUGA